AUGCCCCGCCCAACUACCCGCGAGGAAGUUCUGGCGAGACUUCGCAAGACGGUCGCUGAUGGCUCGAUCAUUGUCGGUGCCGGUGCCGGGAUUGGUCUCUCUGCCAAGGCUGUCGAGGCUGGUGGCUGCGAUCUCAUUCUGGUCUACAAUUCGGGUCGGUUCCGCAUGGCGGGCCGAGGGUCUCUGGCUGGACUGAUGCCCUACUCAGAUGCCAACCAGGUGGUUGUCGAGAUGGCCAGCGAGGUCCUCCCCAUCGUACAGAAUACCCCCGUCCUUGCCGGUGUUUGUGGUACCGACCCCUUCCGGUCCAUGCCCUCCUUUCUCGAGGAGCUGAAACGGCUCGGGUUUGUCGGCGUGCAGAACUUCCCGACUGUUGGGUUGAUCGACGGCCAGUUCCGCGCGAAUCUGGAGGAGACUGGGAUGGGGUACGACCGCGAAGUUGAGAUGAUCGAGGUCGCCCACAAGCAGGGGCUGGUGACCACCCCUUACGUCUUCAAUCCGGAGGACGCAACAAAGAUGGCCAGGGUCGGGGCGGAUGUAGUCGUUGCCCAUGCAGGCUUGACCACGUCUGGGCUGAUCGGAGCGCAGACCGGUCGGUCCUUGGAAGACUGUGUCGGGUUCGUGCAGGCGAUCCGCGAUGCGGCAGCCAAGGAAAACCCCGAGAUUCUUGUGCUCUGCCACGGCGGGCCAAUUGCACGUCCAGCAGACGCAGAGUAUGUACUGUCGCGAACAAAGGGGAUUCAUGGAUUCUUCGGGGCCAGCAGCAUGGAGCGACUGCCGGUGGAGGUUGCGAUCAAGGAGAAUGCGGAGGAAUUUAAGCGGUUGAAAGUCCGACUGGAGUAA